AUGACUGUGACCUAUAGUUUCGACGCGGUCACUAACACUUGGCUCGGCGGUAUUCGCAUACUCUUGCGAUGGAAGGGAAGUAUUUGGAAGAUCAUCUUCAAAGAGAUGACUUUUUGGGUGCUACUGUACAUGAUGAUCAAUGUCACAAUCAACCUCUGCACCACAUACCAUCAGGAUAUGUUUCGGAUUGUCAGAGAUUCAAUAAAACGUGGAUCACCCGGCCUACCGCAUAUUUUUAUUCUCGGAUUCUUUAUGAAUGUGGUCUUCAACAGAUGGGUCGGGAUUUUUCCGAAGAUGGGAUUUGUAGACCAGUAAGCCGGCUUCAAUAUUGUUUGUGAUUCCCAUAACGCUGUAAAUGGGAUUGCGUCUUGUUUUUAGUUUUGGUUUGGUUCUGGUAUCGGCGAUUAAAGGCAGUGACGCCGAAUCACGGCUUCUCCGACGAACCAUCAUCCGCUACACUGUGCUGGCACAAGCUCUUGUCUUCCGCGACAUCUCCAUUCCGGUCCGAAAAAGAUUUCCCAACCUGGCUUCGCUUGUGGACGCUGGCUUAAUGACUGACGAUGAGUUGUGCGUUUUUGAGGCGAAGGAGACAGAGAACGUGAACUAUUGGAUGCCUUAUCAAUGGGGAAUCCGGCUGAUUGAUAAAGCGUUUGAGGACGGCAUAAUCACAAACCAGAUUAUUGCUUGGAAUGUUGCAACUGUAAGAGUUUCCAUUAACAGGUCUAAAUUUAGAGGGUUUAGAAAAUGCGAGAAUUCAGAGACACGCUAGCCAGCAUCAUGUGUUAUGAUUGGGUUCCGGUCCCGAUUGCGUAUCCGCAAAUCGUCUUCAUUGGAGUUAGAGUGUACCUACUGGCAUUGGUCAUACAACGACAACAGCUUGCCGAGGAUGUGGUAAGAAAUGGCUGAGCGAAACGUGAUAUUUUUUAGGAACUCCCAGUUGAAGGGGGCUAUCUGGCCUGGCUCUUUCACUUCCCGAUCAUGACUUUUGUGGAGACGUUGCUCCUCGUUGGCUGGACAAAGGUGGCGGAGAGUAUGUUGAACCCAUUCGGAAGCGGAGACGACGACUACGAAUGCUCGUAUAUCUUGGACCGGAAUCUGAGCGUACGCGUCAUUUACCCAACAUAGUAUUUAUGGCUUACUAAAUUACAGGUUGGCUAUACGAUCGUGGACAACCCGGUCUACCCAAGGCCCGACGAGCCCGAUCCUUUCUGGCAUAUGGCAAUACCAAAACCCUUUGACGUCUUUGAUCCAAAAUCGACCCUAAAACAGCAGCCUUAUCAUGGCAGCGUUGCGGACCUGCACCUCCGAAGCCGAGAGAAUCCAUCGUUCGGUGGGACCCUUCGACGGCGUUCGCAGAUGAGCCGAAUUAGCGUAAAAUCGGGGAAUCCUGAAAAUACUGUUGCCGGCAAUAUGAGUAUGGAUGGGGUCAAAAAGUAAGCGGACGAUUUGCUUUUAGGUGAGAUACAUGUCACUCUGUUAUAAAAAAAUUUAAGCUGGCAAAGGCUGAGUAACUGAAAUGCAUGACCUUUGCCGGUAAGAGAAUACGUAAGUUGCGGAGAGCGGACAAAGAGAAAAAACACACGUUUUUGCCACUGGAUCCGGUCCUUCACUGUAUUGAAAUAUCGCACUUUCAGUAUUUUAGUAUACAACCUUUUAAUCGAAAAACUAUUUUUACUUCUCCAUUUUUCAGCGGACCACCCACCCCGAGCACCCACCGGACGCGUUUGGCCAGCUUCACGAAUGAUGCAAUCCACAACGUUCGGAUGAAUCGGCUGGACAGUGUCACUGAGGAACAUUCAAACGGCCCAAAACAAGACAAAACCCCAUGA